UCCAGGAGCUUCUUAAAGAGGGCGAGGAAACUUUUCCAAAGUCUCUCUGGGAGUUGUGCCGGGGUUUAGGAGCGGCUGGUGAGGUUCAGGGGAUCUGAGAGAGGAGACACACCACCAAAGACAAGAUGAAGAUUUUGCUGCUGGUCGUUCUGGCCUUGGCAUCUGCAACUGCACAAAAGCCCCGUAGUCAAUUCACACGUUACCGCUCAUGGAACUCACGCAUGUACCCUGUGUGGAGAGAUGGAGACCCAAGAUUUAGGAACUGCUGGGCUGGUGGUGAAGUCACAUUUGAUCUGAAGAACGACGCCCCCACGCUGGUUGGAGCAAAAGCAACAUUUAAUAUUAAUCUUAAUUUCCCUUCGAAUCAGACAGUGCUCCCCAAUGGGCAGGUGGUCUGGGCCCGUAACUGCACUGUUAAUGGUCAACAGUAUCAAGCGGGCCAGUCUGUGUAUCCCGACCAAAAUGAGGAGCGGAGUGCGGUUUUCCCUGAUGGUACACCUUUCACCAGCACCCGGGACAAGAAACCUCACUAUGUGUACGUUUGGAAGACUUGGGGGAAGUACUGGCAGGUGGCAGAUGGACCCUCCUCCUCCCUCACCAUUGCUACAGACAAUGUCGCCCUGGGAUCCUACAACAUGGAGGUUGUCAUCUAUCACUGUCGUGGAAAAGACAAGUUCGUCCCACUUGGCUAUGCCUCCACAGUCUUCACCAUCACAGACCAAAUUCCCUUCACCGUAGCCCUCGCCCAAGUCAAUGACAUCAACCAAGACGACUCAAACUUCAUCCAGAACCGGGCCAUUGCGUUCAGCGUGAACCUCCACGAUCCCAGCCAGUACCUGAGCGGUGCUGACAUCAGCUUCAGCUGGGACUUUGGAGACAGCUCUGGAAUUCUGAUCUCCAGGGAACGCACCGUCACACACACAUACCUCUCAGUGGGCACCUUCAAUCCUCAGGUGGUCCUGAUGGCGAGCAUCCCCAACGGCUGCGUAAACCCCUCUGCUGUGGUUCCUGUUGAUGCCUCUGCUGCCUCGGUUGUAGUUGUGACCCCUGCAGCUGAUCCAGCAGCAGCAGAUGUUCCUGCCUCUGACACUGACCUAGCAGCAGCAGAUGUGCCUACCUCUGACGCUACCCCGGUGCAGCCAUCUGAAGCAGACACCAACACAGAUGACACAGAAGAUCCAGAAACAGAAGAAAUAGAGGCUGCCUCUGUUGCACCUGCAGGAAUUGACACAGCUAUCGUUCCAGCAGAACAAGAUCCAGCUGCCACUGCUGCUACGGCUGCAGAGGUCGCUGCAGAAGACACAGAUGGUGAAGCUGCCACUGCUGAAGAGACAUCAGAUGCUGCUGUGGAUGGAGCAACAGAAGAAGCCGUGCCUGCAGUUGACGCUGCUGCUUCAGUGGCACCUGUCGCUGAGGGAGAAGAAGCCACAGUAGAUGUGGCAGCUACAGUCCUCCCUGAGGCUGCCGAUACUGUUACCACCUCCCCAGAAGUUACUGUAGCAGAGGAAGGUGAUGCUGUGGCUGCUGCUGAAGAUGCUGAUGUUGCUGCAGAGGUGGUCCAAAAUGAAACAGAAGCCCCUGAUAAUGUUGUAGUUCCUGCAGCCACUGAGAGCACAACUGUAGAAGAAGCAGCAGAAGAAGCAGCUGGUGCUGAGGUACCUGAGACUGACAACAACGUUGAUGCUUCCAUAGCGCCAGCAGGUGAUGAGGCGGUUCCAACUGAAGGAGAAGGCCAAGCUGAGGUAGAAGCAGAUCCAGCGCAAGUGGUCCUCGUCGUCAAAAGACAAGUACCAGAGGUGUCAGCGGACUGCAUGGUCUACCGUUACGGCUCCCUCUCCACCUCUGUUGAUGUCAUCCAGGGCAUCGAAAGUGUUGAGAUCGUACAGAUGUCCAAUGUUGUGUCACUGGCAACUGAUUUGGAUCAGAAUGCAGUGGAUGUCACCAUUAGCUGCCAAGGAAGUUUACCAAGCGAGGUCUGCACAGUCAUUUCGGAUGCCGACUGUAUCACACCAGUGGAAACUGUCUGCAGCGUGGCCGCGCCCUCUCCUGACUGUCAAUUGGUCCUUCGCCAGUUCUUCAAUGACUCGGGAGUUUUCUGCCUCAAUGUCUCCUUGACCAAUGAUGUCAGUCUUGCUGUGGCGAGCGCUCGAGUCAGCGUGGCAGUAGCCUCCAGUGGUUCCCCAGCUGGAACUGCUGCUACAAUCCUUGGUGUGAUGGUUCUGGCCUGUGUGGUCUGUUGUAUUGGUUUGAUGUACAGGCGCUUCAAGCAGUACCAGCCGCUGAGAGAAGACAAUGAUGGAAGCGGCACGUCAGUAACAUCCGUGCCUUUGCUCCUGUGGAACUUGCUGAUGCGACAGUCGCCUGGAGAGAGCCGCCCACUGCUUCAGGGGAGGGUCGUGUGAAUAUUAACAUCAUAAUGCACUAAAUGUCAUUUUUAAAUAACAUUUACUGUAAUUAUAUACUCUGUGAUCAUCGUGAAAUGCACAACAGAGCCCACACUGUUUUGAAGGAUUUAUGCUAAAAAAGACAUGAUUUAAAAAAAAGAUUGCUCCAACAAUUUAAAUUACGUUGAUAUUUAUUUUGACCUCCAGUAUUUGUUAAAUUGGCCUUUUUUGUAUAUUUAACCUAAUGUUAAUUUGUUAAUUUGCUUUCAAAUGUAAUCAACUCUCCCAUAUCACAGACCACAUUUGUGUUGUAACAUGAAUAAAAUGGAACUUU